GUUUUAAUACUUUCAACACUACUAUAUAACAAAUAAUUUGAGGUAUGGCACGUGUUGAAAGUAUGUCGUGGCAAUAAGUUGAAAAGCGAUACACACACAAGCGAUACACAGUUACUAGAGGAGUGUUCUAUCCUUGAUAGCCCUCUUCCCCUUCAAACCAAAACUAUCAAAGGGUAUCUGACCCAUAAGUCAGAACUCUUCCGAACACAGAGGGUACAAGGACCUACAUAGCUGCUCCCAACAUCAUACAAAAUGAUUGUUGUAACCACUGUCAGGAGGGAGUUAAUCCUGACUACAGAGUUCAGUGUUAUGACUGUAAAAACUAUUUCCAUGCGGUAGGCUGCACAGAUGAUUCCUAUUGUGUUAGUGCCCCAUCUAGCUUCACUUCCCAUUUGGGACCAGCUGUUUCUAACACCAAGUCCUAUGAGAAAAGAUUUGGCAGAUUCUUGUUCUUUUGUAACCAUUGUAUUACAGUUAAAGAGGAGAUGACAGAGCAAAGCACAGGGGGAGCUACUAAUGUUUACGUUGACAGAAAGAUUGAGGAGUUAAAGCAGAAUUUUGCUGAAGAACUGUCCGGUGUAAAAGAGAUGCUUAAGGAAAUCUUGCCAAGUAAGCAAAACAAUGCUCUAGCAAAACCUCCAAUGACUCCCUGCAACCCAUGGGAUGAUUCUCAGAGGACUGAGAAACUUCGCAGCAUGAUUGUAAUUAAGAAUGAUCAGAGUGGCAAACCAAUCGAUAAAAGUAUGUUGGAAGAAAGCUGCAUCAAGAAUAAGAUUAGUAUUGUUAACACAAUGAAGCUCAAAUCUAAUGAUACUGCCGUUAUUCUUAACUCUAGGUCUGAGGCAGAAACAUUGCGUGAGAAGCUUAGCAAAGCUUCCCCCCAACAUAGUACAUCAACCGUAGCCACAAAGUUACCAAGAAUAACAGUUGUUGGUCUUGAGCGUGAUUACUUGAAGGAGGAAAUAAAGGAAAUGAUAGUUAGUCAAAACCAUGGAAUAGAUCUGCUCAUCAAUGAUCCAGGUACCAGUAUAGAAGACAAGAAAAUUGAUGUAGUAGCUAUAGUGCCCCUAAAGAAUGACCAGAACUCCUUCAAAGCUAUUGUUCGUGUCAGUAAUCUUGUACGAUCUGCAAUUGCUAAACAAGGUGAUAAGCUCUUUAUUGGAACUCAGAGAGUUUGCAAAGUCUAUGAUAGCUUCUUUGUCCUCAGAUGUUUUAACUGUCAAUCAUUUGGUCACCAUAGCAAAAGUCACCAAGGUCAUUGCAAAAGUGAACAUGUCUGUGGCUUUUGUGCAGGAGCACAUGAAACACGGACAUGUGAUCGCUCCGCUCCAUUGUGUUGUUCAAACUGCAAGAAAGCUGGUAAGCAUGGCAAUGAGCUUCUACAUGCAGCCUAUGAUCCUGUUUUGUGCCCCAUAUUCAAAGAUUUGCAGGAGAAAGUUAAAAAGACCACCCCUUUUUACCAAAGCCACAACACGGACAGAAAUCACUGAGCUGUCUGAAAUUCUUCCUUUUCAAUCCAUGGUCACUUGUUAACAAAGUAAACGAUAUUAUGUGCAACUUAUCAGACAAAAGCAUUGAUAUUGCUGCAUUCUGUGAAACUUGGCUAACAGAUGUUAACUGCCCCACCACUGCAAUUAUUAAGUCUUACGGUUACAGAAUCAUACAUAAUUUCAGGAAAGACAAAAAAGGUGGUGGAACUGCUUUGUUGUUUAGGGGAGAAUACUCAAUGUCUCAGUUCCAAUGCUCUGCUACUUUCUCUACAUUUGAGUACACAGCUGCAUCAAUCAAAACAGCAACAGGCACUAAGGUCAUGUUUGUCUCUUUGUAUCGACCUGGUUAUCUCUCCUCUAUCUUUCAUCAGGAACUUGAUUUACUUCUGUCAGCCAUCACCAUGAAGUGUGAUUGUCUCGUCAUUGCUGGGGACUUGAACAUUCAUUUUGAGAAUAAGAAUGACAAGCUUGUUAGGAAGACGCUUGACUUAUUUCUGUCUUACGGAUUUAAUCAUCAUGUUAAUGAACCAACCCAUGUUGCUGGUGGAUCACUAGACCAAAUCUUCUGCUUCUCUAUCAAGAAUCAGCUUCAAUGCAAGGUUUUGGUUGAUAGUGUGAAUAGGCAUGGAUCAGAUCAUUUUCCAGUCUAUUGUGACUUCUCUUUGGAAUUCGAAAAGAAAUAUUUUAAAGAUAUCACUUACAGAAAUUUGAAGACUGUGGAUGAUGACCAAUUUACCAGUGAUCUCUUCGAUAUAGUAAACUUGAUUGAUCUUGGGAAAAUUGGAACUACUGAUAUGAGUACAUCUGUUGCCAACUUGAACGACUUGUGUGCUGAACUCCUAGAUGAGCAUGCUCCAAUAGUCUCCAAGAAGGUAUCUGUUAUUGAUUCUGCACCUUGGUUUGAUAAUGAAUACAGGGACUACAGAAAGCUGAGAAGAAAAGCCGAGGCAAAAACUCGUAAACCAACAGCAACGCUUGAAGAUAAAAUCAUGUUUAGAGACAUCAGCUCAGAAUGUUCUAAAAUGGCUGAUCUGAAGAAGAAGGAGUACUUUAAGAAUAUGGUAGAAAACUCUAAAGGCAACCCAAGAACUUUGUGGCAGCUGGUCAAUAGAAAUUUAGACCGUAAACAAUCUAAUCCUCUGCCAGAUUACACAGAUGAUCUUCCAAAGCUAGCAGCAGACUUUAACGCCUACUUUACAUCUAAGAUUGAUAACAUUAGGAAAGAUAUGGAUCAUGAUCGGUUUACUCUUCCAUCAGACUCUUCUGCUGAAGCUCCCGAAUCCUACCACUGGUCUACCUUUGAACCUGUCACAUUAGAUGAGCUAAAGGAAAUCAUUGACGAGUUUGGUAUCAAAUGUUCACCUUCUGACAUCUUACCUACUACACUGCUUAAAGAGAACAUCAGCAUUCUGCUACCAUUACUUCUACAGAUUGUUAAUGCAUCCUUAUCUCAAGGUUCAAUGGACGGAGUCAAACUUGCUGAUAUUGUUCCCCUCCUGAAAAGUAACUCUCUUGAUCCUAAUGUCUUGAAAAACUUUCGCCCUGUCUCAAACCUCACUUUCCUUGGGAAGCUAAUCGAGAGAGUGGUGUUAAAGCGCCUAAACGAUCACUUAGAUAAGCAUAAUCUCCACUGCCCAGAACAGUCUGCAUACAAGAAGACCUUCAGCACAGAAACAUUAUUGAUCAGAAUAUGGAAUGAUCUUCUAGUUGCAUCAGAUGAAAAGAGUGCUACAGUUGUCAUGAUGCUUGACCUAUCGGCGGCGUUUGAUACUGUAGACCAUGAUGUCUUACUGAACAUUCUCAUGAAGGAGAUAGGACUAAGGGGCACUGUGUUAAAAUGGUUUACUAGCUUUCUAAAAGGUCGUGCUCAGAGAAUUCGACUUGGUUCUACUCUCUCUGAAGAAAUAGUUAUUAAGUUUGGUGUUCCUCAGGGCUCAGUUCUGGGACCUGUUCUGUUUAACCUUUAUAUCAGAUCCAUCUAUAGAUUUGUACAAGGAAUGGACUUCACAAUUUAUGGGUAUGCAGAUGACCACCAGAUCUUAAAGAGAUUUAAACCCAUCAACCAGUGCGAAACGUUACUCUCUAAGCUCAGGGGAUGCUUUGCAUCUAUUAGAGCUUGGAUGAAAAAAUACUUUCUAGCAAUGAAUGACAGUAAAACACAGAUAAUCGUUUUUGGUCCUAUGUCCGUCCUACAAGAGAUCAAUAUAAAGGGAGUGAAUUUUGGGAGUGACACAACUAUUCGAUUUGUGAGCACAGUUAAGAAUCUUGGGAUACAUAUGGACUCUGGGCUUACUAUGAGCAACCAUGUUGUUGAGUUGAAGAAGAAAUGUUUCCUAACACUACGCAACCUCACUAAGAUACGGUUUCUGCUGACUACAAAACAGCUUAAGACAAUUGUUAAUAGCCUCGUUGUUUCUUGUUUGGACUACUGUAACGCCAUGUUUUACGGCAUCUCCAAGUACCUCAUACAUCAACUACAGCUUAUUCAAAAUGCCUGUGCAAAAGCAGUAACUGGAAAAUAUAAAUUUGAUCACCUAGGCGACGAUCUUGAUAAAUUGCACUGGCUUAAUAUACCUAAAAGAGUGAUUUUUAAAAUAUGUCUCCUAUCUUUUAAGGCUAUUAAUGGAAUAGCGCCACUGUACCUUCAAGAUAUGUUUAAGUAUGCUCACCAUGGACACACUGUUAGGCUCAUAGUCCCUUAUCGUUCAACCAAGGGUUUUGGUGAUCGUAGUUUUAGUGUGGUUGGUCCACGAGUUUUUAAUGCACUACCAGACUCAGUUAAACAAUGUUAUUCUGUUGAGGCGUUUAAGUCCGCACUGAAGACCUAUUUGUUUACUUUAUCUGACACUGAGGUAGCAAAAAUGUUUUAUUAAUAAUUUUAACCCUCUCUUUGACUUAUCUAAAUUAUAUUAGCUUUUUGGAAGUUUUAUGAACGAAUUUAUACAUAGAACUUUAUUUUGCUUUUGAU